AAGCCAUUAAUAAUCCUUGCUGGCUUGGUGCUGGUGUAGAGCCUAGCAAGGGGAGAGAACCCGCAGGAGAAGGCUGAAAACGAGUGACAAAAAGAAGCAAAGCACACGGUUGACAAACAUCUUGAAACGUGGAAGAAAGAAACUGAACAGGUAUCACCAGCAACUUGACAACAUCUCUUCUCUCCCCUGGCUCUCCAGUGUGUAAGGUCACCACCCUAUAUAUCAUAUCUUAAAGUCACCCAGUGCCUCUCUGCCCGACAGAUCAUUAUUCUCCCCCUCCGCAUCCUCACCAGUGCAAAAACCAACCGUACACCAGCAGGACAGAAGGAACACAAGUGAAGAGAACAUUUUGAGCAAAGUCAGAUGAACCUCAGCUACCAAAGUUACCUGUCGAUACUGUAUUAAGUUUGGUGCCCCACCCCACUCCCUUCCCAUCAAUCAUCAGCAUUAUUUCAUCAAGUCAGUUCGCUUAAGAAAGCUGCAAACAGUCCUCAGCACCAUUAUGGCCUCCAUCAAGCAGACAUCCGAGCCCGAGAUCCCAGACAACCACAAAGAGAGCUGGCUGGCGCUGCUUUCUGCUGCGGAAACGUACUGCCAAAAGUCUGGCUGUGACCUGGCCAUACUUACAGCCUGUAAGAAGUUCCGGCUGUCAGCUGGAGACGGAGAUGGGAGGAGGAAACGGGAGAGCAGCAGUGCCUUUCCUAAGGAGUGUGAUUUCUCCUAUAAUGUAUGGGGUCAGGGGUUCCUGGCCGAGUCGGCGCGCCGCUACAUGGAGGACAUCGGCGUGCUGCACUCCACCACCAUGCUAACAGCCCAAAAGCACACACGCCACUCAGGGGGGGAGGGAGGAACAAAGCUGGUGGUUGACCUGACCUCGGACCCGGGACACAGGGGGGGCUUUACAGGAGACGGCGGCGUAGGUGGGGUCAGCCCCAACGGCAGGCUGUAUUCCCAAAGCUACCCGUCCAUCUACAGCUCAGGAGCUGUGACCGGGCAAGGGGACGGGCAGAACGGCAACGGAGAGAGGGAACGGGAGAAGAAUGCGCUGGAGGCCGAGCGGGAGAGACAGAGGUCUGCGAUUGAGGAUUUGGAAGAGGAAUGUGAGGACGAGGAAGAGGAGGAAGACAUGGAUGAGAGGAGACCAUAUGGGAACGAAAGUGCUGGUGUCUUCUCCAUGGAUGAGGACUCUCUGUCCCGGGACUGUGAGCCGUUCUUCGAGUCCGACGGGGAGGAGGAGAGCACUGAUGGCUCUCUGAGCGAGGAUGCUCCUCCGCCGUCUCGUGGCAUGGCGAUGGGUCACUCUGCGUCCCGUCACGCUCACCCAAUGGCUCUGGCCCGCUCGCUGCCUGUGUCUGUGCCUGUGUGGGGCUGUAAAGGAAACAGAUCCGCUCAAGGAGACAACAGCAGUGGAGAACGGGUGGGCUGUGCCGACUUGGAGCACAUCGCCGCUAGCAUGAAGGCCCUCCUGGCCCCCGGAGCCACCGAUGGGACAGAAAUGUUUGGGGCCCUGCCUCGGCCCCGUCUCAACACAGGGGACUUCUCCCUCAAGCACUGAGGGAGAGAGAGAGUGGAUGGCGCAAGUGGAUAGAAAGAGAAAGGGAUAGAGGGAGAGAAUCGGAGAGAUGAUGGAAGUGUGUCGAGAAGUUGCGACGACGGGAGGAGAGCUGGAUUUGUCUGGCAGAUGUGGCAUACAGUAUGUGAAACAGUGUAAAAGCUAGUUUACCUCCAAUUAUUUCUCACUAACCAAAAUUAACGGCACAUGCUUUGAGGAGUAACUGACGGAAAGAAAUGUUGUUAUGAAUACUAAUGACAUUUUCAACACUAUGCCCCCCCUCCCUGCCUCCUCAUCACUACACAUUUCACAACACUAGCUACUACACAUGCCACCACACUACAUCAGGACCUCAAGAUGAGUGUGUAGUGACCCACUGCACUGACCAACAAGGACACUAAAAAAGGGUGUAUAGUGGUUUCACUGGCACGGCCAAUUGUUAAUUGUUCGGAACCUUGUGUGCGAAUUGGUUAAAUUACCUAUAAAGUGAUGAGAACUCGGGGGAACAGCCACCUGUAACGGGUUGAUCAUUGGCUCUGGUGUUGCAUGCUACUACUAGCAGACAUUAGCAUAAUAUGUAGCUCUGAAGCUAAAUGUUAUGCUAUCUUAAAAAACUAAAAUUGUAUGACAAAGUGGUCACUCCUAUGAAACAUGAUUUGAAAUUAGCUUAGUUUAAACAUUUCUUUCUGAGGAUUAAAUUAGAAAAAGUGAUAUUCCCAUGUCUGUGUUUGGAGCGAGGUUUGGUAAAUGAUUAGCUUAGUUUAGCUCUUGACUGGAAGCUGAGGGAAACGGCUAGUCUCAACUCCGAAGCUAAACAACUUCACCUUCCCAUUUAAGUUCGCCCACAACUGAAGGAGAUGUGGAUAUGUUUCAAAACGUGAAAAACAGAAAUAAACCAAAAAUUAAAAAUAGCAAGUUUUGGUUUUACAGGAAGUUAAAUCUUAGAAUUGUUUCUUGACAACAACAGUUCAUUCAUCCACUCAGAACAAGAACAAGUUAUCCCCCCUGUUAUUCUGACUUUGGAGGGCUAUCCUUCACAACAUUGAAAUCCUCUAAAUUUGCCAAGUUCCAUACUUGGAGCAACUUAAUGAGGUAAAAAGGUACGAACUAGUACAUUUUUAAUUAAAUUGAAUUGAUUGUAUUGGUGUUACCAUUGGAUUCCCUUUAGAUGUAACUAUCAGCGAUGGUAUUUUUGCUGUCAUAUUGCCAACGGUUUAUUGACAAUUCUGCUCAUGAAGAGUGAGAUAUCUUCGCUCACGCCAUUUCAUGUAGCUCCGAUUUGGUAUUACAGGAAGGACACUGAUGUGGCCCCGUAUUCCAAUUUGAUUUCUUGAAAUUACAGUUUAUGUAAUGUAGAAAUUAUGCUAGUCCCUGCUAACCUCAUUCUGCAAACAAGAAGACCCCAGGAGGCUCCUCAGUGUUGUUUGCUAAGAAAAAAUACUCACAAAUAGCUGUUUUUACAUUUCCAUAUGUGCACUAGUUAAUUAGUGAGCUAUAAACAUGUUGGCAGGGCAUAUUUUAUGAACUUCAGAUGGAGCUCGUCUAAAAUGUUUUCCCUGCUUCCAGUCUUUAAGCUAAGUUAAGCUAAACUAUGCUAACCACUUCCUAGCUACCUGCUGUUGUUUAGCACAUUUAAUGGUAAGGUUUUAGCCAGAUGCACGGAGCCAGUGAUCUCCCUGAACCACGGGGGUGUUUUCCAUGCGUGAUCCUGUUGUUCAUGGGUAAGUCAACCAACAGGCCGGUUGUUGUCACCGCCCCCAUUUAAAAAAAAAAAAAAAAAAAGAAAAGACAAUAGCAAA